AUGGACCAAAGAAGACUUAGCAACCCCUCAAAUGACAAAUCAAGGACUCCAGGAAUUAAUGCAGGUAAACUUGAGAAAGGAAAUACGGAUGCUGAUGAGGUUUCUUAUGCAGCUGGGCAAUCGAAAUAUGUUCCAGAGAACCUUCAGUAUUACGUAGUCCAUCCAAAAUUGAGCCGGUACUAUGAGCCUUUGAAGCCCACCAAACAGCAGAGAUUUGUGGCUCGAAACAGGAAAAUGUUGAGCUUCAUGCUCAAAGUCGCAGAGUACGAUCAAGAUAAGACCAUACUCAUAAUGACCAAUAACCCACUUCCCUUUCCUAUGGAGCAACAAGGAAAGGACUUCGAACCACCUUUCUUUUCCAAGGAGUUACUGGUCAAGGUAAUGCAGGAAAGUAAUCAGCAUAAACCCACUGAGAGCUACCUACCUCCGUUGCCUCAGAAAAGUUUAAGACCUAAGCUGAAACCAGUCUUCCCUGUGACAGUGUUGAAGGAUGCCAAAUCCAAGCAAGAACAACUGUUUAGGUUUUCCACCAAGAAUGAUUUCAAGAGUGAAGGGAAGUAUUCAACAGUCUGCACUUUGAGGAAGCAGAAAAAUAUGUUCCCUCAGCUCGACUUUGCUAAACUCUCUAAAGAAGAUUUGAAGAAAGCUGUCGCCAAGGAGUCGAAAAGUGCCAUGCUGCGUAGGAAGGUGGAGUGGGAACCACUCACCCUGGCAUCGCUCCUGGAGCUGAAGCCCAGUAAAACGGCGCCGGGGACGAGCGCCUUCCGCAACGGGAGGGUCAAGCAGUGGUUUCUCAACAACACCAUUGUCACUAAGUAA